AGGCAGUUGAUGGGCGUGAGCAUGCAGCCAGCGACGACCACUGUAACUGCAGCAUGUGCGCCUUGAGUUCUUCGCGGUUCCUGUGCAGAAGGUGGGGUAUCGUUUUCCGGUCCAGUGGGGCAGUUUUCCUUUCAAAAAUUAACAUUUUACAGACGAAAAGGUCCGUGUGUUUCCACGAGAUCAGAACAGCACCAGGACGAUCUUCACGUGUGCUCGUCCCCGUUUUGAGCAACAACAUGUCAUCAAACACAUCAGACGCGAUGUCCCAGAGGAUGGUCUGGGUGGACCUGGAGAUGACGGGGCUGGACAUUGAGAAGGACAAGAUCAUCGAGAUGGCGUGCAUCAUCACAGACUCUGAACUCAAUGUGCUGGCAGAGGGACCAAAUCUGAUUAUAAAUCAACCAACUGAGCUCCUGGACGGAAUGUCUGAUUGGUGUAAAGAGCAUCAUGGCAAGUCGGGUCUGACUCAGUCAGUGAAGGACAGCAAGAUCAGCCUCCAGCAAGCGGAGUACGAGUUCCUCUCCUUCAUCAGGCAACACACGCAGCCCGGCCAGUGUCCCCUCGCUGGUAACUCUGUGCACGCCGACAAGAAGUUCCUGGACAAAUACAUGCCCCAGUUCAUGUACCAUCUCCACUACAGGAUCAUCGACGUCAGCACCAUUAAGGAGCUUUGCAGACGGUGGUUUCCAGAGGAAUACAAGCUGGCUCCCCAGAAGAAAGCGUCUCACAGGGCGCUGGGCGACAUCCAGGAGAGUAUCAGAGAGCUGCAGUUCUACAGAGCCCACGUGUUCAGAAGCCCUGCCGAGCAGAAGAACCUCAAGGUCACCCAGAACGGAGACGGCGACAAGACCGCGCACAACUAAAUCGCUAUCCCACUGGAGGCCCACUGUUGGUGGCUGUCUGCGGGGAGCCUGUGUGCACGCACAGUUUGCAAGAAAUAAUCAUCAGUUUCAUCAGUUAAUAAUCAUCAGACUCAUUUAGUUUUGUCUCCCUGUUUUUGUUUGGUUCAAGAAAAUGACAAAGACUUUGUUCCCUGUUAAAUGUCUGUUUCAACUUUGUUUAGUUUUUGCGGUUGCUUCUUUGAUUCAAAAGUGAAUGUAAAUGUUGUAUUUAUUUAGGCAGUUUAGAAUCUGAUAUUCAAUUGAAAUUUUGCUUUAUUCAAAAAAGAACCAAUUGAGACAAUAAAAUCUUGUUAUAAGGAGA